CUUGGCAACAUUGGCUUGGCUCACGUGCUAGCGUGACUCCCGCGGGAUACAUCUUGGCUGUUAUACUGUUCUAAUAGUAAGUAUGGCCUUACAGAUCCUGUAUAUCUUUUCAUUACUACCUUAAUAAUUUACUCUAGGACACUCUGGUGCUGGUGGGAUACUGCAAUUUCUUUAAGGCAGUCUUCAAUUGGUCACAGGAGCAUCAAAAAAUCGGUCAAUCAGCCUGUGUUGAUUUCUAGGGCCAAUCGAUGAACUGAGAUGUCUUGUUAAUAUAAUCGACACCAGCUACAUAUUUUCAAUGUAUCGUGCUGCGCGACUACUUCGAAAACCCCAGAUAACAUUCCGGAUCAGCCAACCAUUAUCUCGGGAGUCGAAUUACGCCCCUGUCCGCUAUCUGCAGAUCAAACGCCCCUGGGUCAGGAAAGUUCUUGCCACAAUUCUCCUCACUGGAGCUGUUCUUCAUACAUGGAGCUCGUUCGUUGUUUUGCGUUUUGAUGAGACGCUCUACAAUGCCGAUGGGUCCCCCGAUAGCCUGCCGAGGGCCGAUGCCCCGACAGCUGGGAAGUUUGACAGGAACCAAUAUGCCCCCCCGGGCUUAGAUGAUGAUACGAAAGCCCGAUUCAUUCCACUGGGCUGGCCUCGGCUAUGCGAAGGGAAAUUCUAUGCAGCGACAGACUCGGAGUGGCAGGCUUUUAACGGAGUAGCCACCGACCGUGAUAAACUCGCUGGCUUGAAAGAUGAAUUGGUGUUGGUUGUUUUGGAUGCCGCGUCCCAUUCAAGUUUGCUUUCUCAUAUGCUGGGCGGUCCGCUCUCCGUCGCAGCAUUCUGGCUAGAACAUCGAUUUCCAUACCGUGCACCUCCUGCCUAUUAUCGACCCGGACUACAAAUUUCUCGGGACGGCUUCUCCUGGGUUUUGAAGCCCAUGUCCGCUGAAGACGGUGACCGUCUCCAAAGAUGGACGAGGCCUCUAUCUGUGGCGCAUGCAAUUAAGGAUGCUUUUUCGGUCUUAUGGAGUAGGCAGCUUUCUCGGUUUAGCACAAGCUCGGAUGAGGAGCAGACAGUUGAGUCGCCGAUUUCCUUGCGUGACAAUUCAUUGUCAUCAGGCUUACGAGGGCUGGAUGGGUUGAAUGACCUUUCUCAGUCUGUAUCCCAGCCACCUCCACUCAGCUCCCAAGAAGGCACCUCUUUAACCAGAAACGCCUCCCGGCUACACCCUUACAUCUCUACGUUGCACAGGUUGCCUCUACCGAACCUUGGUUCCGGUUCUGAUUUACGCAUGGCGCUGUUGGCAUUCAAAUGGCGACUGAAUUACUGCUGGGCCCGCAGAAUGCACUCUUCUCCUCGUGGCGUCAUGUAUAUUUCUGGCCCUGUUGGAAUUAGAGGCCCCAAUGGAAUUUGCAGAGUCGAGGUGAAAGGAGAAUACGAUGUGAUGGCGUCUCAAUGGAUUGCUGUCUCGAUGGAUAUCAGGGAUCUCAACCUAUUCAAUCAAAGAGCCCUUGGCACUCG